AAGCUCAGAUUUUAAAAAGAAUUUAAAUAUCUAGUAUGUUUUAGGCUAGGUUUAAUAAUAAAGAUACAUAUAAAUAAAUAUAUCCUGGUUUUGCCAUAUAUUAGCUGUGUAAUUUAGACAAGUUGCUUAAUUCCUCUGCACCUUAGUUUCCUUGAAAUGAGGACAAUAACUCAUGCCUUCCUUGAAAGAUUGUUGUGAGGAUUAAUUUAGUUGCUGUUCAUAAGCAGUUACAACAGUGCCCGGCAACAGUGAUGCUAUGUAACUGUUACCUUUUAUUGUGGCUGUUAUUAUUAGAUGUAAAUGUGUGCUGUGUUUUUCCUUCAGGAAUUAAUGACCAAGUUAAUAACUGAGACACCUGACCAGCCAAUCCCGUUUCUUAUUGACCAUCUUCAGUCUAAACAGGGAAACCGUGGACAACUUCAAAGAACUUUGUCUGGUUCUGCAGCUCUCUGGGCAGAAAGUGAAACAUCAGAACAUAAAGGAACAAGAAGGGAUUUCAGAAAUUAUGAUAAACCCUGCCAACUAAAUGCGAAGAAGCCUAAAAAAUCGAAAAGUGACAUUGCUGUGUCUAAUAUUUCUCCACCAUCGCCGGAAUCCAAAUCAUUGCCAAGGUCAGUGGAGCAUCGUAAAUGGAACUGGCGGACUAAACCUGAAAGCCGUGAUUUUGAUGAACUGAACCACAUCCUUCAAGAGAGCAAGAAGCUGGGAAAAGCUCUUGAGAAUCUCUCUCGAAGUAUUGCAAUUUCAGAUGAACUUGAUAAGGAAACAUUGGCUUUUAAUUCAUCUCUUCUAAGACCCCGUGUGAUUGGAGAAUGGAUUGGUCGAGAAGAAAAUGAUGCUGAUCCCCUAGCCGCUGAGAUGCUGCAGCCCCCAAUUCCAAGAAGUAAGAAUGAACAGUGGGAAAGUGAAGAUAGCAACUCCAGCCCUGCAGGAAGUUUAAAGAUGGAACCAAAGACCAAGGGAUUAAAGCAACAGCAACAACAACACAAGAAACUUCUAGCAGCAAUGCUCUCGCAAGAUUCUUUUGAAUCUCUCCACAGCCCUACCCCAUCUGUAACAGAAGAAGAUAUUGACAAUGAAGAUGAUGCAAUGGAAUUGCUGGAGGAUCUUGAUGAUUUACGAAUGGAGGGAGUAACUACUCUGGUGCCUUCUGGGAGCAAAUUUAACCAAGGUCGUGCUCCUCACCCUGCUGAACCUCAGGCCAAGGUCACCCUGAACAUCUGCUCAAGGUGUGCCAGGCUUCAAGGAGACAGCCUGGCAGAAAGGUCGGAAGAAACAUCACAGAUACUUCAUUCUCCAGAUGAACUAAUCCCAGAUUCCUUGGAUUCAUUACCUGGAACUGAAGAGGCCCUAAUGGAGGAAGGUGAAGAAUUUGAGAAAGCAUCUAAAUUAACAGGACGUGGAGAAGCCUCCAGUGGGGGACACUCAAUGAAAAACUACAUGGAAGAAGAUGAAUCCUUAAAGCAACUGCAAGUAGUUCAUCAACCGUGGAUCUUGCCAAGUGACACAGAGAGUGAAGGAGUAGAAACAGAACAAGAUAAACGUUCUGCUGAACUUCUUCUUUGUGUUCCAUGCUCUUCUUGUCCUUCACUGGUCUACUCUGGUCUGUGAAGCAGGCAGAAGAAGUUGCAGGUGACCGUUAGAGAAAUUGCAAUUCUUCGAAUCCUUGCUUAUAGUUGUGAUUUUAUUUACUAUGUGUAAUCAUUUAGAGAAUGGUUAUUUUUAUAAUAUUGAUAAUAAACCAGUACUCCUGUAACCAGAGGGUGCCAGAGCGUGUAAUCAGACAACACUAACAUUGGCAGAGGAUUCUGGGGUGGUCAGGAUGCUUGCUGCCUUUUGACCUGAUAGGUGUCCUGGGUUUAGAUUACUUUAUACCCAGUUAUUAAGAUCAAUAUUUGAUAUUAAAUAUUGCCUGAUUCAAAUAACUUUGCUUAAAAUUUUUCUGUAUUUUAACUUGUCUAGGGUUUUCUACUCCUAUUUUUAUAAUAUUUUCUCAUUUUUUAGAUCAAUAAACAUUGUACUUACCCACAUGUGCCAAGCUGUGCCAUUUAGAUAUCUCUGAGUUUAGCUGCUUGGUUCUCAUCACCUGCCAUAUGUGUUUGUGCAACAGCAAGACCAGAGCGCCUUUCUAUGAUUAUCUUCCUUGUUCCUAUCAAAACAAAUCACUGAUACAUCAACACUAAGCAGAUCAAUAAGGAAUGAAAUGCAUGCCCCCAAAUAUAUGCAAUAAAAAUUCUUUGAUCAUUUAUCCAAUUAUUGAACCCAACUAAGAUUAUCUGUUUUAAAAUUUGAUAUAUGCUCGCUUUUGGAAUGUGUUAUGCAUCUAUGCUAAGUGAAUGGAUCUAAGUAAAUCUAUUGAAUAUCU